AUGAAUCCGGUCGUUUCCCUCCGUGACGACAUAUUAAUCGAAAUUGAAAAAGCAACGGGGUAUAGUUUCACCAACCCGGCGUUCUGCCUCACAGCUCUUCAGACAGCUGGGUGUGUUGCAGCUGGUGGGCAAAAAUCCCUGGCCCAAGUCGGAGAUGCUGCCUUGAGGCUAGCUCUGGUGACGAUUGGCUAUGGGAAAGGAGCUUCAAGAGGGGCUUCGCCAGCUGAGCUUUAA